AUGGCGCCGAGCGAAUAUAUAUCCGCGGGCUCUGGCAAACUCAAGCUUAAGGGCGUGAAGGACGCCAAGGUCGACAAAAAGAAAAAGAAGAAGCAGCAAUCGUCCUCGUCGUCGUCUUCCAAGGCGCGGGAAGACGAUGCUGCUGCUGCAGAUCGGGCGGAGGGCGAAGGCACCGAGGAUCCGUUCAAGGACCGGUCGGUCAUGUUAAGGAAAUUAGAGGAGGAAGAUCAGAUGAUUGCGAGCGAGGCCGGGGAGAGUGUACGAAAGCGACGAAAGGCCGACUCAACUGUAGGUGGCAGCGACGAUACACGGCCCGACGAGGGAAGGGAGGAAGAUGGUGGUCUUGUCAAGACGGAAGCAGAGAGGCGGUAUGAGGAGCAGAGACGCAGAAGGCUGGAAGAACGCCUGAAACGAGAAGGCGUUAAGACACACAAGGAGCGCGUGGAGGAGUUGAACCGAUACCUGAGCAGUCUGAGCGAGCAUCACGACAUGCCGAGAAUAGGACCGGGAUAA